AUGAGAUCCAACGGCUGUAUGGAGCUGUUCGAUGGGCAUUGUGAACAGAUCACGCAGACUCUUAACCUGAACAAUCUAGUAUUCACUUUGUUCUUACUCUCGGACUACUCUUACGUUGUUUACAUUGGUAAUAAACAAAACAACUGUUUUCAAGUUCCUUUUUGUGGAAAGGAGCGCGGUAUUACACCCUCACUCCACUCGAGUUGCAACCUGUUCAGGACAAUCGUUCACGUUUGA